AGUUUAUAUUAAUAGUAAAUGUUUAGAGGAAUCGAGAUUAUUGUUCAACUAAAAUGGCGAGCGGAACAAAGCGCGUUUACGAAGCUCGCUCCAAAUACCCGGAUCGUACCAAAAACAUUGAAAAUUCUUUUGCGCCUUUGACGGUCGUAAUAAAAUCUCUGGAAACAGGCAUAUUGCUGCUUAACUCAAAGGAGGAGCCCGUAUUACAAGUUGUACUCAGUCAUUUGGCGGAGUUUGCUCGAAAACAGGAUGAGAAUAUACUGGAACUGAAGAAACAGCAAUUGUUGGAGUUGCUGAUCGAUAAGGGGAUCUAUAUGUAUGCGGAGAAUGUAAUUAUCCGCCGAUUCGCCUUGUUCCAUAUCACUCUGGUGCUGGAUAACACGGAACUGGGCGAAUACGAUACGGAGAAGAUCGCACAGCUGCUGGACGUGUGCUUUAGGUUCUAUCUGAAGGAGAGCGAUGAGUUCUGCAUCGAGUAUCUGACCUAUAUAGUCAAUUUGUGUUUGCGUGAUCCGAAAGUGGCUCAGAACGUACUGGAAAAUAUUGAAUUUCUUGAGAAGUUCAAGAACAUAUUCAUUAAUUCGGAUAAUCCAGAUACCGUGCUCAAUUCUAUUGAAGCGUUGCACAAAAUUCUACAAGUUCAAAGCGCCGAGGAGAUGCUCGAGUUCACCACCCUGCCGGGAUUCCCUGUUGAUCGCAUUAUCUGCGAGCUGACCAAUGAGUUCCUGGAGAUCCGUUUGGCCGCCAUCAAGGUGCUCAAGACCCUGUUGGCCGAUACCAGUGACGAGAGUGUUUUCGAGCCAGUGCAUCGCUGCUUCUUUGUGCUGCAGCAGCUGGUCAAAGCGUUCUGCGCGAAUCCCAGGGCGCCCGACGCCCUUGGCAUUAUCGAGGUGAUGGCCACGGCUCUGCGCUCCGAGAAAAUGACCAAGCUGUUCUUUGAGCAGAAUCUCUUUGACCAGAUGGUAGAGCAUCUGAAGGAGGAUAUAGACUUACUGCCAGCUGAAGUCGUCUGCACCGUCAUUUCCAUAUUCGCCGAAGCGGCCAAAUACGAAAGGUACCUGCCACGCAUCCACAAUGCCAACAUUACGCAAAUGUUGCUGAAGUGCCUGCUGAGCAGCAAACCGGAACCAGCUCCAUUUGUCAUCAUGGGUCUGAAUCGCAUGAUUGCUCAUCCGGAGGCACUGCGUACCAUUGUCGCCGAGUACGAAAAUGGGGCCCUCUCACGCUUGGUUAGCCUGGUGCGUUCACCGGACGUGUCCAUUAAGACACGCGAGCAGGCCGCCGAGUUCAUCGGGAGUUUGCUGGUCAGCUCAUUCCGUAGCACAUCCGAGAAGCUAAUGGAAAUAAACAUAUCUGAAGCGUUGGCAACCACCCUAAGGCAGGGUUUGCCGGAACUAUCGAUAGAUCUGAUAUUGUCGCUGCUGGCGAUUAUCGAGAGCUUGGCCGCCAAUGAUGAGUAUCGCACGACUAUGGGCGAAUAUACGCCGCUCGCUGAACAAAUUGCACAGCUACUUAUGCGCUCCUAUGCUCACUCCAUAUUGGUCCACAACAUAUUCCGCUGCCUGUGCACAAUUAUCGACGAGGCGCCCGUUCGCGAGGUGCUGCUCAGUAAUUAUAUCGUGUCCUCAAUAAAGCGCGCUCUCAAAUCUCUGUCCAAUCUGGUCAAGACCGCUGUCACCAACUUUAUACUACAGACCACACGAUUCAAUUGUUUCGUAGAUGCCUACAUUGAUCGUGGCAUUCUCGAGGUACUGAUGCUGUUCCAGAAGCAUGCGUUCUGCGUUUCCACUUGGGGUCCGGCUAUUGAAAGCAUUCUGUCCAAGUGCCCCACCAUGAAGUUCUGUAUUCGCAACUGUUUGAGCUUUACGGAUAUAACCGCUGGCAAGGAUUUUUACGUGUCCAAGCGUAAGUUUGAAGAUUUCCGCUGCUUUCAGAAUAUAUUGAGACAUGACUGUUCGCCGCUGGACGCUGUGCUAGUGGUGAACUUUGACCGACCCUCUGUGGAUGCGGAUGAUGUGAUUUGUGUGCCAUCUCAUUGCCUGCACGAUAUCGAUAUUGCGGGCGACCAGAAGUGGGCUUAUUGCAAGCGACCCGCUGAUACCAAGCUGCCUGAAUUCCUCGAAGCGCUUAAUGAGACCUUGGCCUUGCACGGCCUUGUGGAGAAUCCAGACAGAAUCAGACGCAGCAUUGACUUUGAGAAUGUGGCCAAGCGCAGCAAGAUUAUAGCCGAGGCCGUCAACAGCGUCAUGUCGGAGGACAUCAAGAUUCUCGAUCUGAACACCACCGAGGAGUGCUCCCGCCACACUGUACGCUGUCAUCUGGAGGCCCUGCGCCACAUCUUUCACACCAACUUCAUACCCUUGGGCGAGGUGCGCAGCGGCUGUCAAUUCGAGCGUGCCAUACUCUUCAAGUGCUUCGCCGAUCAGAUUGGUCUGCCCUGCACCCUGCAGCGCAGCGUGGACGGUCGCAUGCUGUACAACGAAGUGCCGUUGCCUCUGGAAAUGGAGAAGGACAUACAUUGCGACAAGAAGACCUUGAAAUUUAUGCCCUGGCGAAUGCUGCGUCCCACACACAUUGUUGACCUUAUGUAUAAUAUAGGCGAACUCUACCCCAUGCAGUGCCGCCAGGCCCUACAGUAUUUGCGCCUCUACUGAGGCUAGAUUCAAAAGAUUUUAUUGUUGUUUUUAUGCAAAAUUUUGAUGUUAGCCCCAAUAAAUAUUCAGCAAUAUUAUAGUGGGUCAAGCGG